AUGGAGAAUCUUGAAUGGUCUCUCCCAGUUCCAAGUGUGCAGGAUCUUGCAAGCCAACAUCUCGAAACCGUGCCAACUAGAUACUUAAGAGAGGACAUGGAUGGCUUGAUCACCAGUACUGGCCUUGCCUCCGAUGACUCUAGUCUUCGUGUGCCGUUGAUUGAUAUGAGCAAGCUGGCCAACCCAGAGUCUCAAGACAUCGAGCUUAAAAAACUACAUGCUGCAUGCAAAGACUGGGGUAUAUUUCAGGUGACAGAUGAUCUAAACAGGUAUUCUCAAGAUAUAAGGCAAGUUGCAGUUGGCUUAACAAGCUUCAUGGCCAUGGGGCUUGAAAUCGAGGGUCAAGAACUUUGCGAGGCUUAUCAAGAAGGACUAUAUCAUACAAGGAUGAAUUGUUAUCCACCUUGUCCUCAGCCAGAGCAAGUUAUGGGGAUAACUCCGCAUGCUGACAACUCUGGGAUCACUCUCCUGCUUGAGUGUGGAAACACGCCAGGACUGCAGGUUCUAAAGGAUGGUCAUUGGGUCUUUGUUGAACCUAUAGAUGGUGCUAUUGUUGUAAACACUGGACAUAUUACUGAGGAGGUUACAAGCCAACAACUUGAAGCCAUGCCACCUAGAUUCAUGAGAGAUGACAUGGACAACAUCAUCAGUACAGUUCCCUCUGAUAAGUCUGUUCUUGUGCCGUUGAUUGAUACGAGCAAGCUGGGAGGCCCCGAGUCCCAAGAUUCAGAGCUUCAAAACCUUCUUGCUGCAUGCAGAGACUGGGGCAUGGGUACUAAUAUUUGUUCAUAA